GCUGCGGACAGCUCUCUGCUUCAACCAAUACAUGAUCGCACGCAAACCGCGAAACGAAUUGGAGAACAAUUGCACGUUUUAACGGUGUUUUAGGUAUUUAAAACUUAUUUAAUAUUCUUUACAUUUGAUGCAUAUCAAAAAAUAGCCUAAAAUGUCAGUAAACGAGAGCGGAUGAACGAUCUCAAAUCUACGUUGGAUGUCUACUUUCAACUAACUUUGGACAGUUUCAAGCUCCGAAUAUUGGAUAUGGAUAACAGUCCUUGGAACGGACUCAAGUCUUGUUUAUCAUGACUGCAUUAAAUCAUAUGCGUUACUGGAUUACUUUUCCAAAUCAAAGCUACUUGAUUUAAAGCCAUCUAUUUAGGAUACCAAGACGCGCGUUUGUGGUGCGCACUCUGUUUUUAAGAAUAGACUUCAUCCACAUCUCGCCGGUAUGGUGCGCUUGUUGAACUGCCUCUUGUUGGGGUAUCUUACGUGGAACCUACGGAUAUCGGAUGCCCAGGGAGAGUACUGCCACGGAUGGCUGGACACCAGUGGGAAUUACCACGAGGGUUUUCAGUGUCCGGAGGACUUUGAUACUAUGGACGCGACUGUGUGCUGCGGGACCUGCGCUCUGCGCUACUGCUGCGCGGCCGCGGAUGCGCGCCUGGAUCAGGGGACCUGCACGAAUGACAGAGAAGUGGAGAAUGACACUCAAUACGCUGCCCAGCCCAUCUAUGUUCCCUUUCUUAUGGUGGGCUCCAUCUUCGUGGCGUUCGUGGUUGUCGGUUCUCUGGUGGCGGUUUAUUGCUGCACCUGCCUGCGACCCAAACAGCCCACCCAGCAGCCGAUUCGCUUCUCACUGCGCAGUCAGGGCGAAACUAUUCCCAUGAUCCUCACCACUGCUCCGCCCAGUCUCCGGACACCGUCCCGGCAGUCCAGCACGGCCACCACCAGCUCCAGCUCAGCGGGGGGCGGGAGCUCUCUCCGUCGAUUCUCUCUGGGCCGGGUCGAUGGGCAGUGUUCUCAACAGCAGCAGCUCUUAAUGGUCUCAUCUUCCUCAUCCUCGACUCCAGUGUCGGUGACUCCAACCCAAGCCCUGCUCCUCCCACCACCUCCACCACCCUACAACUCCCAACAGGGCAUGCAGGGCAGUAACUCUCUCCAGCACCCACACAGCCACGGUCAGUUACAGCUGCACCACCAGAGCCUACACCCUGCACAAAGCUCAGGGUUCCUCUUGCCACAACAGUACUUCUUUACCCUACCCCAAGAUCCGUUUUCUGGGAACAAGGGCUUUGCGGACUUCAGCCAGAGCUGACCUGGGGCUUGUUGGUUGCUGGGAAAUGCAUAAACGGAGAUGGACACCAAAGAGGCAGUCUUUUACAAUGGUGUUGUUGUAGACUCAUAUUACAAGCCCGAUACAUCUUUCAGCGAUCGAGAUUGGCACUUGUGGGACUGCAACUGGAAUUAAAGAGAGCUGUGUGGGUGCUCGAGGCUGCUAUGACUGGCUAGAUAGUCGACCUUGAGGUAUGGCUUUGCAGUAACGCAAAGAACCAAAUGUUGGCUGGAAUGAGACAAACAUUUUAGUCUUGGAUAGCAAAGCAUACGAUACUAGAACUUGGAUGCUUACUUCUAAGCACAUACGUCUACUAUUCAUCAUAUCUCUUAUGCACUUUCGAUCUGUUUACAUGAUAAAGAGUUCUCUAAUGUUGGAAAAUACCAGUCUUAUGUGACAGUUUGUUGGAUCAUCAAUACACAAUAAGGAAUUGUGAAAAGAAGUUUCUCGACAAUCUCAGCCCCAUUUUAGGGGUAGGGCACACAAACAGUGCGUUCUAGGAAAUAGUGGAUUUCUAGGAAUGCUUGUUGCUUGUAUUUUCUCAUAGGAUCAGAUUAAAGAUUUUAUUACAAGACAAAGAUUAUUUUGUCCAAGGGAAACAGGCAAAGCGCUUGUUUAUUAUAUUUGCUUCAUAAAUGGACACUAUGAACCACGUUCUGUUCUUAACUUCAAAUGAAUGAAAUGCACAGCUAUCGCUAGGACAGUUUCUAUUUUCGAUGUUCUGGUGAAAGCUUCAAUUUUGUAUAAUUUGUAACAAUCUGAAAGCCAUUAUUGACUCAGUUUCAGAUUACAUUGGCAAAACAUUUUGUAUUUGUUAUAUUUUAUGGGCGAGGUUUUGUAAAUGGAAGUGUGUUUAUAAAUGUACAGACCACCUGGAAUGACAUCAUGGGGUAGCAGAGGGGGCCUUUAACUAAGUAUUAAAUUCUCUAACCAACAGUGUUUUCAAGUUAAAUUAAACCAUUUUUUCCCUUUGA